AUGACGGGCAGCAUCAGAAACUGGAAACAAUUUCUCCAGAGCUGUUUCGAUAACCUCAACCCCGGCGGCUACCUUGAGCUCAACGACAUCGACGCCGUUCCCGUAUCAGACGACGGAACCCUCACGGAGGAUACCUCGCUGAUGAAGAGCGUUCGUCUCUGUUGCGAAGCGAUUGCCAAGUUGGGGGUCCCCUAUGAGCAAUUCAGCCGGUUCGAGGGCGUUCUCAAGGAGAUUGGCUUCGAAGACGUCCACAUCCAGCGAUUCAAAUGGCCCACCAACAGUUGGCCCAAGGAUAAGAAGCACAAGGAGAUUGGGAUCUGGAACCAUGAAAACUUUGCCCCUAAUUGGGAGGGCUUCCUGAUGGCGCCGCUGACCCGGGCCCUGGACUGGACGAAAGAAGAGGUCAUCAUCCUCGCCAUGGAGGCUCGGAAAGACUUUGCGAACAAAAACAUCCAUGCCUACUACAACAUGUGA